AUGGCUAUCGAGACCGUUCCCAGUCAGAGCGGACACCCGACCCAGGCGGCUGAAUCUACUCAUCCUCCCAAGCAUGCACAGGUGCAAGUAUCCCAUGUUUCCGAUGAGGUGGCCGAGGACACCCAUGAUCGCAAGACCUCGAAGCUCUCCGUCUUGUUGAUGAUCGUCUUCUCCGGACUGGCCAUUGGCUCCGACGGGUUCAAUGCAUCCAUCAUCGGCAAUCUCGAGCUGAUCAUGGAGGUCAUCUACCCAAAUUCCCUCACCACCUCCGUGGCAUCCCGUUUGUCCAAUGCCUUUAUGGUGGGCAUGAUUAUCGGGAUGUUGUCGUUUGGGUAUGUGUCGGAUAAGGUGGGCCGCAAGGCCGGCGCGGUCUUAACCACGGUCAUCCUGGUGCUGGGGAUCGUUCUGAGUGCUGCGGCGAGCGGAACAAAUCACGAAGGAAUGUUCUGGAUGUUGAUUGUCGCGCGAGGCAUCGCUGGCGUAGGUGCAGGCGGGGAGUAUCCAGUCGCUGGAGCCGGCGCUGCAGAAGCAACCGAUGAAGAAAAGGCCGUCCGCAAUAAGCGAGGGUUUAUCUUCGCGAUGAUCUCCGACCUGUCGGCAUCUCUUGGGUUCGCGUUCGGCGCUCUUGUCCCUCUCCUGCUGCUGCUCUGCUUCCACCAGCAGAUUCGUCACUAUGAAGCUGUCUGGCGGAUUUCGUUAGCCCUUGGGGUCAUCCCACCGCUGUCUAUCUUCUGGUUCCGCUAUCGGAUGGCAGUCAGCUCCGCCUAUCGCAAGAGUGCGAUGCAGAAGCAGCCCGUCCCCUACUGGUUGGCAUUGAAGCGGUACUGGCGGCCUUUGCUAGGCACCUGUGGCUCCUGGUUCAUUUACAAUUAUAUCUCGUACCCCUUUGGUCUCUUUUCCUCGACAAUCGUCGAUCGCGUGAACCCGACCUCGUCUCUUGCGCUAACAAUGGCCUGGGGCACUCUUAUCAACUGUUUCUACAUCCCCGGAGCAUUCAUUGGCGGAUUCCUGUCCGAUCGGAUCGGGCGGCGGCGAACCAUGGCGUUGGGGUACUUCCUCCAGGCAGCCUUGGGCUUUAUCCUGGGUGGCGCCCUGGGUCCCAUCGAAAAGUCACUGCCGUUGUUCAUCGUGCUGUACGGGGUGUUCCUUACGCUGGGAGAGGUGGGACCUGGAUCGACCAUCGUGGUAACGGCCAGUGAAAGCUUUCCGACCGCCAUCCGCGGCCACGCCGUGGGAUUUGCGGCGGCAUGGAGCAAGGCGGGGGCUGCCAUUGGGACCGCGGUCUUCAAGCCCAUCCUAGCGAGCUGGGGCGAUGAUGAAUCUCGAGGCACGCAGGCCGUGUUUCUCAUUGGAUCGGGAUUCGCCGUGCUGGGAGGGUUGCUGGCAUGGUUCGUGUUCCAGGAUACAGACAAUGCAUUGGAUAACGAGGAUCAGGCCUGGAAAGCUUAUCUGGCCACCAAUGGCUACAGCGAUGUGCAAUGGGGCACCGCUGAUAGCCAGGGGCAUGAGCUGGAAUCCAAGGCCGUGCAGGCGUAG